GGGCCUGUAAGCACGUCCACCCCCACGACCAGGAUGGGGACUAGUUUCUCCAAUCUGGCAACCUUCCAGUCCUUGCACAUUGUCAUGCUGGGCUUGGACUCUGCGGGCAAAACCACGGUGCUCUACCGGCUCAGAUUCAACGAGUUCGUCAACACUGUGCCCACCAUCGGAUUCAACACGGAGAGGAUCCGACUGGGCGGUGCGGGGACCUCCAGGGGCAUCAGCUGCCACUUUUGGGACGUCGGUGGUCAGGAGAAGCUGCGUCCGCUGUGGAAGCCCUACAGCCGCUGCACAGACGGCAUUGUUUACGUGGUGGACUCUGUGGACGCCGAGAGACUGGAGGAGGCCCGGACCGAGCUGCACAAGAUCACCCGCUUCUCCGAGAACCAGGGCACCCCGCUGCUGGUCAUCGCCAACAAACAGGACCUGCCGCGGGCCCUGAACGUGGCGGAAAUCGAGCGGCAACUGGCCCUCGCCGAGCUGAGCCCGUCCACGCCGUACCACGUCCAGCCCGCCUGCGCCAUCAUCGGAGAAGGUCUCCACGAAGGCAUGGACAAGCUUCACGAGAUGAUUGUAAAGAGACGGAAGUCCCUCAAGCAGAAGAAAAAGAGGCAGUGAUGGAUGCUGUGUGACACAGCAUCACGUGACUGUAGAAGUCUCUGUUUACUGCUGAUGCUGCAGAAACGCCCCCUGUAGGCCAAGUAGAGGCAAAGCAGCGCAGGGGAAUAGAAACAGGAAAUAGGAAAUAGCUUCUUCGUGGGGCGACUGGCAUAGAUGAGCUCCUCACCAGGAACACCGGAUGUUCAUGCAACAUCUCAUCAAGUGCCAUAACUUCAAGCAAGGAGCCAUGCUUUUCACUACAUCAUGUCGGAAGCCAUAUUGCCAGGCCUGUGUUGGAGGAUGUCCAGGGGUGUCCAAGCUGCGGCCCGACAUGAUUUUCUUUAAAAGACGCAAUAUUAUGAGAAACAGACCAAACAACAAAGAGGAAAUUUGGCUUGCAAAAAGUUAUGUUACAAAAAUGAAGUCAAAAUGUUAUAUUAUUAUUAUAUAUUAUGUCCUUUUGGGAAUAUUAGGUGACAGGAAUAAAGUCAUAUUAGUCCAAUUAUGGCAAUAUUACAAGAAAUAAUUCUGAGAAAACAAAAUUCAAGAAGAAAGAUGAAAUAAUUGGAAAAUGCCGCAGCAGAAAUGGUAAAAAAAAAUUAUAAUAAAGUCAAAAUAUUAAGAGAAAAAAAUAGUAAUGUGAAAGGUGACAAUUUUACGAGAAUAAACUCGUAAUAUUAGGAGUAAAUAAAUAAUAUUUUAGGAUAAAUAUACUUUGAGUAACAUAGAGUUUAAAUAUUUUUAAAAAUAUAUAUUAUUUUUUUAAAUUCAUAAUAUGAGAAAAAAGUGAGGAUAAGCGGCAUAGAAAAUGGAUGGCGAAAAUUUUGGGAAUUUUUGUCAUUUUUUGGAAAAUCGGCUUGGGGAAAAAAAUAAAAUAAAAACAAAAAAAAUAUGUGGCCCUCCUGAGAAAAAGUUUGGACACCCCUGUGUUGUCUCCCUAUCCAAAUAUAACCAACAAGUAGCAGAAGAUGCCGCAUGCAAGCUUAAAGACGCACGUAUGGCUGAUUAUGUGCCAAAUAACUCUGUCAGGAAUGCUGUCCAAAACUGUUCCUAAGGUGAGGAACAUUCCACCAUCAUGUUGAAGCCGCCAUUUAAUAUGUCUGAACUUCAUAUUCAGCCAUAACGAGCAGUUAUUGUGCUUAGAAACGAAGCGACUUUGUCCUGUGCUUAGAGCUGAAUGUUUCCUAUCCAUAUCCAGCAAGGCUACUAUCAGUACUGUAUAUGCACUCUUCUUUCCUUUACAUUUGAACCACGGGGAACUGCAGCAUGUACGUACUUUAAAGCGCACACCAGAGAGCGGGCGUGAAGGUGGACGCGGCCUCGUUGUGACGUCACGCAGUAGCAACACUUGCAGUCAGCGAAACCAAAUAAUGUGGCGUGAGAUGUUAAAAGAAAAAGAUGCAUUAAAGGAGUAUUUUGGGGAUUUUGGGCUUUGUGUGUCAUUUAGGGAGGGAAUUGUGUAAUUUUCCCAAACUUAUUUAUUCUUGCAGUGGGAGCACAAUAUUCCAAUUUUCUACAUAAUUUUCCUAAACUUUCUUCUCGUAACAUUAUGACUUUAUUCCCAUGAUAAUUUUAAUUUAUUCCUAUCAUAUAACUUUUUGUGCCCUGCGAUUGCCUGGCGAGUAGUCGCCUGGGAUAGGCUCCAGCAUACCCCCGCGACAAGUGGGGCAACAGUGAAAGAGCAUUUAAUUGUUUUGCAUGCAUCUAAAUCAGGGGUGGGCAAACUACGGCCCGGGGGCCACAUCCGGCCCGCCAAGUGUUUGAAUACGGCCCGCCCAAUCUUUCCAAAGUAUUUCAUUUAAACUCAACGUACAACCUGGCAUCAUGGCCUGAGCCAACCUUUUGAUGGUUUUAUCAAUUUCGUUGUUUGACAUGGUCUGUUGUUUACAA